AUGUCUAGUCCUGAGGAGCCGCCUUCGCGCGUCGUUCUUGUUGGGGCAGGGCCGGACCACAAGCGGCCGGAGGAGAUGCAGUUCGAGGCGGCGACCUUGGAGGGGAGGAAGAUCCUCGUCAGGAAUAUCAUUUCCUCCUUCGACCCAUGGACCCUACCGACGGAAUUCAGGCCCGAAGUCUAUGAGAGAAUAACCCAGGGACAAUCCAGAAGAACCGCCACCGAAUGGACCGUCCGAGAUGACUUGCAUGCGACUUUGAUGCAAUGGGGCUCGCACGAUGUGACCACGUGGACCCUGCUGCGUAGAAUGAUGCCGAGAGACUUAGCGUUAGGGUUCAGACAAAAAUUGCGGAGACGAUUCGACGAGCAAUUCGAUCGGUACGACAACAUCGUGAAGGACAAUACCGGGACUGAACUACAGGCGGAGAUGACUGAAAUACGUUCCCGACUUCAUCACAUCGUACGUGCUACCGCCAACGAGGCCAGCCAAGGUAACAUCACAAUGGUGUUCCUCGGAGCGUUGGAGAAGGUCUGCGAUAGGGUCGGUGCGGUGGCCGGGCCUGCUCGACCCCGUGGACGCCUGCCGACGGAAGAUGCGACUGAGGUCAGUAAUGACGGGGUACCGACUCUUCACCAUGGCCUAGUCGAGGACGGCUUGGCUGGUUUCACGCUCGAUAUACUCGAUACGUUCCUCAAUGCCCUGAAAGACACGUGGCCGGGAACGUUGGCAACCCGCGAGGCGGCGGACCAAUUGGCCAGGAUUAAUGCGAUUCUGCACGGGAAAGUUGCUCUACGCGAUUACCUAACCAGGUUUCGAGCCCUUUUGGAUCGUGUACGUGGUCAGUCAUUUCGCCUCGAUUCAUGA